AUGGCGACUCUCGGAGGGUACCUCAACAAAAAGGUCCUCGUCGUGACUGCCGACUCGCGAAUCUUGGUCGGCACCCUGGCGGCCUGCGACCAGUCGACAAACUUGGUCUUGACGGACACGCAAGAGCGAGUUAUCCACGAGCCUGACGAUGACGAGCCUUCGGAAAUCCACCCGCUUGGCCUGUAUCUGAUACGGGGGGACAACGUGUGCUCGGUGGGCUUGGUGGACGAGGCACUGGACGAAAGUAUCAAUUGGGCGGAAGUGAAGGGGUCGGAAAUCGGCGGCAUCAAGCAUGUCUAA